AUGUCUGCAUCAACUCAGUCGUUGCCCAACGGUGGCCCUCGCACGCCCCCCUUGUCGCUGAAUGACAUUCUUGCCUCCAACAUCAACUAUGAUGUGGAAGAGGAUCAGAUGAUCGUCUGGGACAAGGGUGUGUUUCUCAACGAACUUCAGAAACAGGGUCUCGCGCUUCAUACUGGUAGCAAUGGUGUAAUUGACGGCAGUCUUGCUGCCCACUCUGGACUCAAGAAGGGAACGUACAAGGGUACCCGGUUGGCAUUGACUGAGAUCUAUAGCAUGGCUGAAGAAUCUGCUGCGGCUCAUUUCAACGCAAGAGGCUUCGAGCCCAUCAUUCCUGUCAAUAGAGACCUCAAAGACAAGCAGGCAAUCUACAAAUGGAGUAAUCCAGAAGAUGGCUACCCUCCGCAUCUAGACACGAUUCCCUUGGAACUACAGCAAGGGCAACCGGGAGUCGGUCUCAUAUUCGACAUGGCGAAGUCGGGAUUCAUUUCCACCAUCUCCACAACUUUCUCCUUCAUCAUUCCCAAGGAGAUUGAGCUCGCGGGCACGCCAUUCGAGGGACCAACACUCGCCGAUUGCGAGAAGUACAACCACGGCAGCCCCAAGCCGCAAACAGACAUCAUGAAUGGCGAAAAUCUUGGUCACAAGUCAGACUGGUAUUCCGACUUCAGGUUCGCCCAGCAACACUUGAGCGGUGUAAACCCUUCAACCAUCACGACUGCUUCUGCCGAAUGGGUUUCUGCUUACGUGAAUGAAGCGUGCAAGCAAGGGCUGGACGACAUGAAGCAGCUGCUCCUGAAGGGCGAAGACUUGCUUAUUCAAGAUUACUCAUACUUCCGUGAAGCGACUGGUGUGAGCACCGACGAAACUUUCGAAAGUGUCGUUUACGGGACAGAUGGGACUGUUUCUCGGUAUGCCUGCGCGCCAGUCGUUCUCUUCCAACUGCACUCCGAUGGACGGCUUCACCCCCUCGUCAUCACCAUCGACUUCAAGGGCACGCUCGAAAACUCUGUCACCAUCUUCAACCGACGGUUGACCCCAGAUGCCAAGGAUGACAUCGAUGAAAAGGAUGACUGGCCAUGGAGAUACGCGAAGACGUGCGCCCAGACCGCCGACUGGUCGAGGCACGAGAUCGCUACGCAUCUUGUUGACACACACAUGAUUGAAGAGGCCAUCAUCGUGGCAACGAACCGGACUGUCCCCGAAGACCAUCUGCUCUACGAAAUCUUGAGCCCACACUGGUUCAGAACUCUCCCACUCAACGAGGCUGCUCGCAAGCUCCUGGUCCCGGGUGUCAUUGCUCGGAUUGCUGGAUUUGGGCCGACGAACGACCCGAAAACGAGCCGCGCACUGAGUUUGAUCAAGUGGUCGUACAAGAACUUCAACUUUCAAGACAAGUACAUCCCCAACGACCUCAAGAAGCGUGGUUUCGACGUUGAGGCGAUCACCGGAGACAAGUACCGCAACUACCCUUACGCUACCAACAUGUACUUUCUGUGGAAAGUCAUCCGCGACUUCGUACAGUCGGUUCUCGCAACCAAGUACAAGUGCGACGACGAUGUGCAGAAAGAUUCGUACAUCUCCGAUUGGUGCAAAGAGAUUCAAGGCAACGGCCAAAUCCCCAGUUUCCCGACAAUCAACACCGUUGACCAACUGGUUGAUGCUGUCACCAUGUGCAUCCACACCGCUUCGCCGCAGCAUACCGCGGUGAACUAUCUCCAGGACUACUACUACAGCUUCGUCCCCGCCAAGCCACCAGCGCUCUGCACGCCUCUGCCGACGGAUCUGGCAACACUCCAAGCCAUCACGGAGAAGGAGUUGACUGAGGCUCUUCCCAUCGGCAGCGAGGGUCCGAAGUGGAAAGAUUGGCUGCUCGCCGCUCAACUGCCAGAGCUGCUGAGCUACAAGGUUGAGUCGCGGUACAACUUGAUCAACUACGCCAAGUCCUUGUACAACGUCAACAAGAGUCGCACCAACUUUGAGAACGAGAACUUUGACUGUGGCGCCAUCAAAGAUGCCGCUGCGACUUUCUACAGUCGCCUGAGAGCUCUUGAACCGGUCUUUGACUGGAUUUCGGAUCAUCAGACGGAGGGAAGCACUGAGUACAAGGUCUUGCAGCCGGAGCUGACUGCUGUUUCGAUCUUGAUUUGA